AUGCUAUCUAGAUAUAACAUUAAUGGGCGUACAAUUUAAGAAGAAAAGUUAUUAUCUGAAGGUGGAUAUGGUUACAUACUGAAAGCAAUAGAUGUGAAUACUAAGGAGGUUUUUGCUUUGAAAAAAUCUUAUUGUUAAGGAGAAGAGAGAACAAAAGUAGCAAGAAACGAGUUGGAAAUUAUGAAACGAUUGCCGAGACAUCCAAAUUUGGUCAAUUUCAUGGGAGGCACAUUUAUUUAGGAUAAAGGACAGCAAGUAUGUUUGAUUCUAAUGGAAUUUUGCGGAGGUGGAAGUUUAUUCGAUUUGAUGGCUAAAGAUCCAAAUUCAAGAUUUUCAGAAGAGCAGCUUUUGGGUUACAUAAAGGAAAUCACUUAAGGUAUAAAGUCAUUGCAUACAUUAUAACCUCCAAUGACUCAUAGAGAUAUAAAAAUAGAGAAUGUGUUAUUUUAAAAUGGAAGAUGUAAAUUGUGUGAUUUUGGAUCAGCUAGUACCCAAAGAGUAGACUUAAGUCAAGUCAGACAGUCUGAUUUCGUAAUUUAUGAAGAAGAAUGGGAAAAAAACACAACAUUAAUGUAUAGGCCUCCAGAAAUGGCUGACUUAUUUUUGAGAUACGAAGUAGGAGAGAAAGCUGAUGUUUGGAUGCUAGGAUGUGUAUUAUACACUUUGUGUUUUUUCAUUCAUCCAUUUUAAGAGAGUUCAAAAUUAGCAAUUUCUACUGCCACAUACAAUAUACCCAAAUAGCACAGAUAUUCAGAUAAAUUGAUCGAUUUUAUUAGACUUAUGCUUACUCCUGAUCCAAAAUUAAGACCAUCUAUUUUUGAUGUUGAAAGAAUUCUAGCUUAAUUUCAUUCAUUACCAUACAUAUAAUUGAAUGCCUAAGCAAUAGAAAUUAAAAAUAGAGACUAAAAAUUAGAAUAAGAAAUGGAAUAAUAUAAUAAAAACAGUUUCAAAGUGAAAAAGUUUGAUGGUGAUAUUCCAAUAGAUGAAUUAAUGAACCUAUAAAAAAAGAUCUAAACAGAAAAGUCUCAAGUGAAAUAACCAUAAUAAUCAAUUAGAUAACCAUAGCAAUAAUAUGUGUAGAGGUAAUAAAUGUAGCAAUAAUAAAAAUCAGGAUUAUAAUAAUAAUAAUUUCAACAAUUUUCUGAAUUUAAUUAAUAGCAAUAAACAUCAUAAUCAAAAUCAUAAUAGGAUAUUUUUGCUCAAUUUAAUAACCCUUAAUAAUCUUUUAGUACCAACAAUGCUUGGGGUAAUUCGAAUCAAUGGACCACUUAAUAAUAAACUAAUCUAUAAGGUUUUGAUAAUUUUGGAUUUGUUUAAACAUCUCACUCACCAAGUCCAAAUCCAUUUUAGUGGGAUUCCUAAUUCAAUUAACCUUAAUAAUAAUAAUAACACUAAUAAUAACAAGUUCAACAAUUAUAAAUUAACUCAUUUUCAACAUCUCCAACUAAUAGUGCAUGGGAUGUUACUACCAAUAAUACUGAGCAGUCUCAUUAGUCAACUCAACCAUCUAUGAACUUUUGGAAUGGAAAUAGUUAACAAUAAUUUGGAGUUCAAACUACAUAAAUCUAAUCUUAAUAAUUACCAUUAAUUCAACAAUAAGAAACUAUUGAUUUGAUAGGAUUAAACGAUCCCCCUUAAUAAUAGUAAUAAUAGUAUGAUUUAUCAAAUAUAAUAUUAUGACCAAGUAUUCUAAUAAAAUUUU